AUGACGGACACGGCACGCUGGAAGGCCACCGUCUACAUUGGCGGUCUCGCGCCGCAGGUGACGGCGGGCAGCCUGCACGACGCCUUCAUCCCGUUUGGCGAGAUCACCGACGUGUCGCUGCCCAAGAACGACGACCCCAACGCCACGGAGCCGCACCGCGGCUUCGCGUACGUCGAGUACGAGGACGCCGAGGAUGCCAAGGAGGCUAUCGAUAACAUGGACCAGGCCGAGCUGUUUGGGCGCGCCAUCAAGGUGUUGGCGGCCAAGGUGCCCAAGAGCGCCAACCAGGGCGGGCUCGGAAGCAAGACGGCCCUCUGGGAGCAGGAAGGGUGGCUAGCAGAGAAUGCCGUUAGCGAGGAGGACCGCCUCGCCACAGACCAGGCACAGAACUCGAGGCCUGAUGAUCCAAUGCAAGGCCUCGAGGGGCUGGAUGUGGCAGGGCCCAAGCCAGAAUGA